AUGUGGGCUGGAGGGGAGGUGCGCUGGCCGCGGGAUGCUUACGGUCAACCGAACCCAUUACGAGUGGGUCAGCAAGUGACCGAGACGCCGCGCGUACUCAGCGCAGAGGUGAAGGUCAUUAAGAGGACCGGAGAGAACAAGAUUGCUGUGGGAGUUGAGAAAGAGUUUACCAGCAAACACGGCGUCUCGAUCGUGGACAAAAGGAAUUGGGUGUUUCGUGAAGCCCUGCCUACUCCAUCAGCCUCGUCGACCCCUAAGUCGUCGCCUCUAGCCCCCAGUUCGUCUCAUCUAUCAACCCCGACGCAUGCCUUAUUGGCCAUCGUCAGCGAGGGCAAUACGCAUACGCGCACCCUCGUCCAAACCCCCGUCACCCUCUUCCGCUUCUCCGCGCUCACCUUCAACGCACACAAGAUCCACUACUCCCUACCCUGGGCACGGGAUGUCGAGAAUCAUCAGGAUACUGUGGUUCAGGGCUAG